UUACCGAUUUUACACAGCCAUCAGUUCAGUUUUGAAAAUGUUUCGCGUUGUAGCUUUAUUCGCACUCGUUAGCCUGGCCUAUGGUGCCUCUCUGCCCGAUGACUUAGAUGGGCGCAUUGUUAAUGGUGUAGACACCACCAUUGCACAGCAUCCUUAUCAAGUGUCUUUGCAAACUGUUAGCGGUGGACACUUUUGCGGUGGUAGUAUUAUCAAUGAGAACACCAUCGUCACCGCGGCUCAUUGCUUGCAAACUUACACCGCAAAACAAAUACGCGUUCGUUUGGGAUCAACCAAUUACAAGGUCGGUGGUGAAUUAGUUGCGGUAAGCUCAUUCACCUUCCAUCCAGGUUACAAUAGUAAAACUAGCGUCAAUGAUGUCGGUAUUGUGCGUUUGGCUAAGCCAGUGGCUGAAUCGGCAAAUAUACGUUACGUAAGUUUGGCGAAUACCGCACCAAAGACAGGCACAUCAGCUGUUGUCACCGGUUGGGGUACCAAAUGCUACCUCACCUGCAUGAGUUUGCCAACAACAUUGCAAGAGGUCUAUGUGGAUAUUGUGGAUCAACUUACAUGCGCCUCUAGAAAGUACAAAUAUGGUUCAUCAAUUAAGGAUACAAUGGUCUGUGCUUAUGCUGUGAAUAAGGAUGCUUGCCAAGGUGACUCAGGUGGUCCACUAGUGGCUGAUAAUCAAUUGGUUGGUGUGGUGUCUUGGGGCAAGGGUUGUGCCAAAUCGGGUUACCCUGGUGUAUAUGCUGAUGUGGCUGCACUCAAAUCAUGGAUUGAGACAACUUCUGCUUCACUUUAAAUAUUUUCAAUUAAAUAACAGCUAAUAAAAAGGAACUAUCGUCAUAAAA